AUGUCGUGUAUAAUGGACCAUGGUCAUUGAUUUGUUGUCAUUCGUGAUUCGCUUGCUUUUUAACAUGGGCCUGGAUACUGAAAUAAAACUUCUCUUAGUUACUUAGGCUACCUUAUAGCCCACAAUGUAGCUUAAGAUUCACGAAUACGACUAAAAACACAAUAUAGAACAUUUUCGCAGGGAGCGCAAUACAUUGCAAAAUAUUAAGUCUGUUUAAAAUGAUUAAUGUGUAAUAUGUAAAUGAUUAGCAAUAGCAAACUAGCUUAAUUGCGAAGGUACAAAAAGCUACAUAUGUGUAGUAAGAGAUACAUGGCGUUUGAUAAAAAAAGGCUUGAUAAGAAUGCAUGGCUCGUUAACACGCUUGCAGUGUAUGGUAGUUCGCCUUCUUUGUCCCUUGGACUCGGUCCUCCCACCAGAGGCGGUUCUUCUGCAAAAGUUUGAUUUGUUGAACAAAGUUUUGUCCCGAGCUGAGAGCAGCGCCGCGUCUAGACGCAGCCGAAAGCUCAGGCUUUGGUCAUGCGUCCUGCCGUGAUUCGACCCGAUGAGACUUGAAGUCUUUGGCUCAUCGUGAUGGAUUUAUACGGCUCACGGGGUCGUUUAAAUCACACGACACGAUUCGAUACGAGAAACCUCUAAAAUGACUUUGGAUGUGCCAGCAUUGAAACAACCCAGCUUCGUUACAAUAUGAUGUUCUUUCACCGCGGAUUGGGUGUAGGGUCAGCCUUUUAUAUUCUUUACCUUUUAAUUACAGCCGGACUUCGUGAGUGUGCAAAACCACAUGUAUCCGAACAACAUGCAGGUAGCUCUCUUGAAGGCCUUCUCCAGUACGAGGUUGUAUACCCUCAGCGAGUGGAUUCUGCUGGUCGCUUCAUCUCAAAUCUUGUGUCUCACCACAUGAGCCGGAUUGGGAGGAGGGAGGCGGCGGAUGGCGGGGCCGGCACGCCGCGGGUGUUCUACUCGUUCCGUUUCGCUGGUCAGGACCUGCUCCUCAAUCUGACCCUGAACCCUCACCUGCUAGCCUCAGGCUUCCUCGUAGAGAGGCGCUCCGGAGGGCUGCGGGGGUCCGCGCUCCACGCUUACCCCCACUCCAUGUGCCACUUCCUUGGGGAGGUGCGGGGCCGCUCGGCUGCGGCGGGCCAAGCAGCUGUGAGCACGUGCAAUGGCCUGACAGGACUGUUCAGGAUCUCAGAGGAGGACUUCUUCAUCAGGCCACUUCAGCAGACUCACAUAGGGGUGGAGCCACAGGGUCAUAUCAUCUACAAGCAGUACAGUUCCCAGGCCAGUAGCCAGCUGGAGGAGCCUUUUUUUAUGGAAAACCCAUCCAAUGGGACCUGCGGAGUCAGAGAGCCUCAGGGAAGUGCGACCCUUGGCGAGAGGCAGCGGGAGCGCUGGGAGAGACGCCAGCACCGCAGGAGGCAGCGCUCCAUCAGCAGGGAGAAGUGGGUGGAGACCCUGGUGGUGGCCGACCAAAAAAUGGUGGAGUACCACGGCAGGAGCAGCGUGGAGACCUACGUUCUGGCAGUCAUGAACAUCGUUGCAGGGCUAUUUCGUGAUGCCAGCAUUGGAAAUUCCAUCAACAUUGUUGUUGUGCGACUUAUUCUGCUGGAACAGGAUGAGGAAGACCUGAAGAUCACCCACCAUGCGGACAACAGUCUCAGCAGCUUCUGCAAAUGGCAGAAGCGCCUCAAUACGAAGGGAGAUGAACAUCCAGUCCAUCAUGACGUUGCUGUCCUGCUUACCAGGAAAGACAUCUGCGCCGCCACCAACAAGCCGUGCGAGACGCUGGGGCUGUCGCACGUGGCGGGGAUGUGCCAGCCCCAUCGCAGCUGCAGCAUCAGUGAGGACACGGGCCUGCCGCUGGCCUUCACCAUCGCCCACGAGCUCGGCCACAACUUCGGGAUCCAGCACGAUGGCAGCGGAAACAACUGCGAGCCGGUCGGGAAGAGGCCGCUCGUCAUGUCCCCCCGGCUCCUGUACGGGACUUCUCCACCUAACUGGUCUCGCUGCAGCCGCCAGUAUAUCACCCGCUUCCUGGACCGAGGCUGGGGCUGGUGCCUGGAUGACCCGCCUGGCCGGAACAAGCUGGCCACACCCACUAUGCUGCCCGGAGUCCUCUAUAACGCUGCGCAUCAGUGCCGGCUCCAGUACGGCUCCAGCUCACAGCCCUGUGAUGAUGUGGACAAUGUUUGCAGCACAUUGUGGUGCACCGUGGACUCCACCUGUCACUCAAAGCUGGACGGAGCGGUGGACGGGACCAGGUGUGGUGAAGGCAAGUGGUGUUUGAGUGGCGACUGUGUGGAGGUGGAGCGCCAGCCGCAGACGGUGGACGGUGGCUGGGAGGCAUGGAGCGAGUGGUCCACCUGCAGCCGCACCUGCGGUGCUGGCGUGCAGAACGCCCAGAGAGACUGUGUUAGUCCGGCUCCAAGGAACGGAGGCAAAUACUGCCUGGGGGAGCGUCGCAGAUACAGAAUCUGUAACCAGGAGCUGUGUUCCCUGGACCAGCCAAGCUUCAGAUAUGUCCAGUGCAGCAGGUUCAACACCGUGCCUUAUAAGGGCAGGUUCUACAAAUGGAUGCAUAUCAAUAACCGAAUCAACCCCUGUGAGCUGCACUGCCGCCCGGUGAAUGAGUAUUUCUCAGAGAAGAUGAUGGAUGCUGUAAUCGACGGUACCCGGUGCUACGAAGACAGCUGGAGCCGGGACAUGUGCAUCAACGGCAUCUGUAAGAGUAUUGGUUGUGAUUAUGAGAUUGACUCCAGUGCCAUGGAGGACCGGUGUGGAGUGUGUCAUGGCAACGGGUCCACAUGUGAAACCGUGCACAGGACCUUUGAGGAGACCGAGGGGCUGGGAUAUGUAGACAUCGGCCUGAUUCCACAAGGAGCACGAGACAUCCUUAUUCAGGAGGUGGCUGAGGCUGGGAAUUUUCUGGCCCUCCGCAGCAACGAUCCAGAGAAGUAUUUCCUGAACGGUGGCUGGACCAUCCAGUGGAACGGAGAGUACAAGGUGGCCGGGACAGUGUUCACUUACGAGCGGACUGGCCACCUGGAGAACCUCACCUCCCCUGGCCCAACCAUGGAGCCAGUGUGGAUUCAGUUGCUCUUUCAGGAGACCAACCCUGGCGUGAGGUACGAGUACACCAUCAACAGGGACAUCCUGCCCGCGGCACCAGUAGGCACCCCUGCCUCCGACUUCUACUGGAAACAUGGAGCCUGGACAGAGUGCAGUGUGUCCUGUGGCACGGGUGUUAAGAGGCAGGUUGUGCAUUGUAUUGAGCGGAUGUCUGGCAUUGUAGCAGAGCAUUACUGUGAUGUGGCCACCCGCCCAGAUGACAGGCGAGUCAGCUGUAGCAUGGGACCAUGCCCAGCUAUGUGGUGGGCAGGUGAGUGGCAGAAGUGUUCUGUGAGCUGUGGGGACUCUGGCCUGACCCGGAGGACUGUCGUGUGCGUUCAGAGCGUGGGGCUGGACGAACAGCAGGCCCUGCAGCCUUCUGCCUGCCAGCAUUUGCGCCAGCCUGAGACAUUUGCCCGCUGCAACACACAUGUAGCCUGCCCCUCUGACUGGAGCACUGGCAACUGGUCACAGUGCUCCGCCAGCUGCUCCAGCGGCGUGCAGAUCCGUGAGGUGACGUGCAGCUGGAACACCGGGGCGGACUGUGUUCCCGAAGCCAGGCCAGCCACCAGCAUGCCGUGCAGUAUGGAUGCCUGCCCCACCAACGCAGACGAGUGGUCAGGCAGCGGUUCGUCGAGCAAGGAGAUUUUCAAUGAGAUUAAUUCCUUUCCUGAUGACAACCACUUACCGAAAUUUGGCCCAGGAAUGACCAGGGCUCAGCCUCGAGGCAGUGAUGGGCUCAGCAAUGUCAUCAAGGGGGAUUUCUCAUAUCACCAACAUAUCGAAUCUGACAACUCUAUCAAUAACAAUGUUCCAGUCGAUGACUUUUAUUAUGACUAUAAUUUCAUAAAGUUUCAUGAGGACCUGUUGUAUGAUUUUGAGAAGGAGGGAAAGAGUGUGUCUGAUUACUCGGGAAUUAAGGUGGAUCAGGAGCUCAAGCCCAGACCCACGUCCUCCUGGCACAAAGACGGUCUGUACACAGUUACCUCAGUGGCACGCACCACUGCUAACCCAUUACCUGCCUCCACCUCCCUGUCUACUGCUGCGCCACCGAAGUCUAGCUCUGACCUGUCAGCCGAAAGCUCGUCCGAAGGCGAUGGGGUUUUCACAGACGACUAUUUCCUGCCUGUUGCUGUCACGACCAGACCGCGCUUGCCUGUCACCAGAUUCUCUCAGAGACGGAAGGAGGGAACGCGGGACCUCAGCACCGUCGGGAGUCCAGUACCAACAGAUGAGGUGCCCUCUGAGGGUGUUCGCACGACACUGCAGGACACGGUGCCCAACAUUCACAUGACGCGUGGGACUCUUUAUCACACAUAUGCUUCCAAAGAUAAUGAGAGAGUGGCCCAGUCAGAUGCAACUGAAAUGCCAGCAACUCAGAAUGAUAAAGCCAGUGUGACUGUGGGGACCGGGGAGGAAGACUUUGGUGAGGACGUUCCUGGAGGUGAGAGCGACUGGGAAAGGCCACUACAGGAGGAGGUGUCCCAUCAAACCGGCAUUUCCUCUGAGGCCAAUGAGGGCACAUUCGCUGGUCUGACCACUCCCCUUUUUAAAUGGGACACAGCAUCACGUGACAUUCCAUCGAGCCCUUUACCCUACGCAUCGGAGAUGUAUAGUAGCAGGAAGUACGCAGUUACUGAACCGAGUGCUAAUGUAGCUAAGGCUGGUGAAAACUCCACAACCUUAGAUAAAGUCUCUCAGGAGAUUCCUAAUCUGCCAGAAAAUAGACAUAAGAUGACUUCAGCUGCUGGACUGGAGCCCCUACCUCAUGCAGAUGUCCCUGGCAGUUCACAGCCUCCUCCCUGGAUUUCAACACAGCUUCCAACCAUCAGGCCAGAUGCUGAAAGCUGGCCUUCCCACACAGUCACCCCGGCUGUAACCCAGUUGCCUGGGGACACCACACCUUCACCAUCCUGGGCAGAGAUAGACUACAACGUGAUCAUCUUUCGUCCAUCGCUGGGGCUCGAUGACUUGUCUUCUUCCCCUACUCCUACAGUGCCUCUAGCCCAGGCUCCAAGCAGUCACCGUACAGUGCUGGCUGAGGCACACACACCCUCCCCUCUCCGCUCUCCCAUGAUAGCCAUCUGGAUCACAGGCAGCUGGAGCGCAUGCUCCACCAGCUGCGGGCUGGGUGCCGUGUGGAGGCCAGUGCGCUGUAGCACAGGUAACGACUCCGACUGUGACUUGGCGAAGAGGCCUGCACCAGCGCGCCGCUGCUACCUGCGGCCCUGUGCCGCCUGGAGGGCCAGCCAGUGGAGCAAGUGCUCAAAGAACUGUGGAGGAGGUGUGAAGGUGCGCGAGACGCAGUGCUACGAUGUGCGUGACCAGCGGCUGCUUCGGCCCUUCCACUGCCAAGCCGUUUCCCUCAGGCCGCCGGGCCACAUGCCGUGCAACACCCAGCCCUGCCUGGACUGGUACGCCUCCUCGUGGGGACAGUGUUCGGAGCUGUGCGGAGGGGGGGAGCAGCAGAGGCUGGUGGCCUGUCCCGAGGCUGGGAGGUGCGAGGAGAUGCAGAAACCCAGCCAUAUUCAGCCCUGCAACUCACACCCCUGCACCCAGUGGGUGACCGGAUCUUGGGGCCAGUGCUCCGUGUCCUGCGGGGGAGGGGUGCAGCGACGUUUGGUCAAAUGUGUCAACACCAAGGCGGAGCAGGACUCUCAGGAGGAGGAGCAGGCCCAGUGCGAUCACGAGCCCUGGCCAGAGAAUACGCGCCCAUGUAACCUGCAGGACUGCGACAGCGCCCCCUCUGGUCAGCUUUGUUUACGGGAUCGUCUGACAUUUCGUCUCUGCCAGACCCUCCAGCUGCUCGGUCAGUGUUACCAGGCAACGGUACGGACUCAGUGCUGCAAAACAUGUGAGCAGCGCAACCGUGGCAACGACCGUGCUACUCGCCGCUGAAGUGCAAGAGGAGUUUAAAAAGCAAAGGUUUUAAGCCAGGGAAUGUCUCUUUCUCUCUCUCUCUCACACACACACACACACACAAAAAACACAAGUACAGUUGCAAAGAGCCAAGGCAACCCAGGGCUGGCUGGUAUGUGAGUCAGCUGGGGUGUCGCCUAUGAGCUGCGGGACUGGAGCCUUCUAGACCUCAUCAGCGUGAAGUUCUGGCCCACACUUGGACCACACAGGUGGUGCUGGGUUGUCUCCAUUUGCACCCCCGAAUGAGCAGUGCUCCUGUGGGCACGGAGGAGUUCAAACACCAUCUCUUUAGUCAUGGAAGGAAGUCCGUUCACUAAAUGCAGUUUUAAUCUUCUUUGCAGUUGUCACUUUCGCACAGAGCAAAAAGAAUCUGGAGGGGCAAUUGUCAGGGCUAAAGCAUCUUUGAAACUCUUAAGUAUUCAUUGCCAUCUUAUUUGUCUUUUUGGGGUUUUCUUUGUUUGUUUGUUUUUAUUUAAAGCAGACAAUGAGUCUCUCAUGGCCAAAUUUCCAGGUUUUCCUGAGAAAUGUUUUUGGGAUUUGACUAGCAUUUUAGUUUAGCGUAGAUCCAUUAAUUGUAUUAAUUAAAAGAGGAACUGAAGAUUAGUACUGGUUGUAGCUGUUACCUAACAAAGAUGCAUUGGUGCUACAGAAAUAACCUGGUGCUAUACAGGCAGAUAUCUGCCUAUAACUGAGUCUGGACUUGCCAGAUUAGUGCCUUUCUCUACUUGAAUUCUCUUCAAAUACUAUAUAGUAGAAAGAGAUUUUAAUGUUACAAAGCAUAUUCAUUGUAAUUAUUAGUAUGGAAUAUUCAUUGGGAGUGGGUCACUGCAAUCAGAGGUUGUCUGACAGCAUGUCAGAUUUUUUAAAUUUUAUUUGUGCUCCAUUGGAUUGGUUUGGGAAACUAUUUCUAAAUGUUACAUUAUAGUCAGCAGGUUUUUUCUUCAAAUUUAAUUUGUAAAAUUUGCAGUAUUCAGGUAAUGUGUUAUCCAACGUAAUAUUGUUUUUCAGUAUUAUUUAUAUUUUGGGUAGUACUUUUUUUGGAACAAUUGUGCAGUAAAUGUCCAAAGUUAUAAUGCAUCAGUUUGUAUACUGCCAUGUACGAAUAUAUAUGAAUACAUUGAUUCAGCUACAAUUCUUAUGAGCUAUACACAUCAAAGGCCUGAAUUACUUAAACAUUUGGUACAAGACAGAGCCAAAGGAGUAAGAGGGCAUGUGGUUUAGCUUGUCAAAAAUUGAGUUUAUCUUUCACUUUUAAAGGUUUCUUUAUUGCCCUCUUUUCCCAAAGACUGUAAUCAGCCGCUUUCGUGGCACUGCCCAACCUACCAUUACUGUCACUCUUAAAUGAUGUUGGCCUUACAUUAGUCUGUGCCAUUUCCCAUACGUACAUGUAGUGUGACCUUUUAGCUGUGAUGAGCUAUGAUGGCCUUCUCAGCUUCAAAGCUUCUUGGUCGUGCUGUCCCUUUGCCAAGAUCCACUGAAGAGAGAAGAAUUGAAUUGGAGAUGAUCUUGAGCACUAAUGAGAUUUUUUUAAGUUAGGAGACCACGUCUCGUUCUCUAGUUCUCUCUUCGGCAUAUACUGUCUGCAGAUUUGCCUUUGCUUGGUCAGAUUUGAUGUAAUGUAACAGUAAACAUACUUGUUCAUUUGUGAAGGCUUCCUUUGCCAGUCUGCACUGAGAUACAUUCAGCCCAUACCCUGCAAACAGCCCUCGUCAGGAUAUAUCAGUAGGAACUGGAAUGCAGCUUCUGUUUUUGAUUGUUUAGUAUGUCUGUUUAGAAAAAGUCUAAGCUGGCUUUUUACGCCUUACUUACAUCUGACCAUUCCUCUUUCUCAUUAUAGUAUUUUCUCAUUGUAUUCUCUUUGUCAGCAUCAAGUUUCCAUUUUGGGGGGGGCGGAAUUUGGGGUUGAGGCUUCAGGACACAAAUGUAUGCAUUUCCAAUUGUGCAUUUUGGUAACACCUUACAUUUUGUAUCACUUUGAUUAAA